AUGGAUCCAAGGGGUGGAAGAAGAAUCACAUCCAGUGGGCGACGGGGUCUUGACAGCAUGGACAACAUCUGGUCUGGUCCGGUUGGACAGAUCUUCCGGCCCGAUAACUUCGUGUUUGGACAGUCCGGUGCUUGGAAUAACUGGGCCAAGGGGCAUUACACUGAGGGUGCUGAACUUAUUGAUUUAGUGCUUGACGUGGUGAGGAAGGAGGCUGAGAACUGUGACUGCGUCCAAGGUUCCAUAAAAGUUACAGUAGUCAUAUUUAAGGUGGAAGGGGUGGAAACUUCAACAGCAGGCGGCUCCGUCGACUAUUCCAUCAUUCUAGUCUUAUCAGCUUCCUUCCGAGAGAUCGAGUCCAAGUUCUGUCAGCUUCUCCCUUGUGAUGCUUGA